CCCGCCCCUCUCGUAAGGAUAACGGUUUCCGGUAGAGGUGUCAGGAGGGGCGGGGGCGCUGAGGAGGCGGCGAGUCUGAAAUCUGCAAUUGCAGGCCAACUUGCGAUCUCGCACCCUCUCAGCAAUCCCGAGAUGAUGAGCUGUAGGGAGCCAGACCUGGAGUCUGUGGCAGUCCCGGGCCCACCUCCAGAUCCCCCAGCCCCAGAACCCCGAGCCCCAGUGCCCGAGCCUGGCCUGGACCUGAGUUUGAGUCCGCUGCCCGAGAGCCCGGAACCGCAGGACAGCAGCCCAGGGCGGAGGAAGGGGCGGGCGAGCCGACGAGUCGGAGCCCAGAGAGGGCGGCAGGUCCGCUUUCGCCUGGCGCCAGCGCGGUCCCCGGUCCGGCCGGAGCCGCCGUCUGCCGCGCCGCACGAGCUGGAGGCUCCUGCGCCGCACAGCAGCCUGGCCUUAGGCCUCGAGUUGCAGGCCGCGCGCGCUGCGGCUCCGUUUGAUGCCGCGAAGGCCGUGGAGGAACAGCUGCGGAAGUCAUUCCAGACCCGCUGCAGCCUGGAGGGCAGCGUGGCGGAGGGGCUGAACGUGCCGCGCUCCCGGCGGCUCUUCCGGAACCUGGUGAGCCUGCAGGUGCCGGAGGAGCAGGUUCUCAACGCCGCGCUGCGAGAGAGGCUGGCGCUGCUGCCACCGCAGGCCCGCGCCCCGCCCCCGAAGGAGCCACCUGGACCAGGGCCCGACAUGACCGUGCUGUGCGACCCAGACUCAUUGUGCUAUGAAUCUCCACACCUGACGGUGGACGGGCUGCCCCCUCUCCGCCUGCAAGCCCGGACUCGCCCCCCAGAGGACACCUUUCUCAUGCACCGGACACUCAGGCGGUGGGAGGCUUAGAUACCAGAGCUCCUUGGAUCGCUGGUUUCUACUUUUGUCAAAACUUUUUGGAAUAAAGUAGUGUGGCUAAUAGAUGAAAUUUGACGGAGCCAAACUUGGGGCCAAAACCCUACCAGGGGUUUGCCCACUUUGCUGCAGGCUGGACAGUUUUGGGCCUUCAUUUUGGGAACUUGGUAAAAAGGGAUGACAAGUGGAAAACACUGUUCAAGUCAGGAAUUAGAUUACUCUGCCGGCUUCCUGCCUCCAAUAAUUACAGCCACCACUUUGAUGUCACCAAGCUCAACCAAUUAUUUAAUGGUAAGCAUGUGAGCUUAGCAUCCACAAGGCCCAUUGACAGGGAAAGAUAUCCUCCCCUCCUCCAUUGCCUAUCACAUUGAUGAGUGGCUUUCCUGUGUCUCAAGGAUCCUGUAAGGGGGUCCUUUGCAAUUACCUGCUUUUACUGCCAAUUACCUGCUUGCUUUACCGAGGGCCAUUUUGUUUACACCUGACCCGAGUGCUCAGGAUUUGCUGAAUGACUGUUCAACGCUCCAGUGAUCCUUGACAAACCACUUAAGCGCUUUACGUUGCUGACUGCCAAUAGAUUUCCCAAACAUAAAAAGAUGAAUGGUGGGUUCUAGGAGUUUGUGGCUCUGACCCCGAGUACAUUUUUCUAGCUCCCUAAGGUCCUACAAAGUUAGCCUUUUGCCCAAAACUCACACGAAAUAAAUUGUCAACACAAUUUUGAAGGAA